CACGUACAGCGACCAGCACAGACAGUGGCAUUAAACAUGGAGAGACACGUCAAAGACAGUCCCAGUGAAGGCCAGAGCCCUGUGACCGACCCUGGACAUCCAGUGAAAUGUUCUCCAGUUGUGAUUGAUGAUGUUUCCCUGAAUGGUCCCACUCUGAACGUACUCGCAGCAGAAGAAUUUAUUCACCAGUCCAUGGACAUCAUCAUAGAAGAUGCAGUGAAAAAAGCAUCUGAUGUCAGAGAAAAGGUUUGUGAGUGGCACUCCCCCGAGCAGCUGAAGGAGCUGCUGGACCUUGAGCUGAGAGACGGAGGAGAGUCUGACUCCAAGAUUCUGCAGCGCUGCAAAGACACCAUCAGAUACAGUGUCAAGACCACCCAUCCUCGUUUCUUCAACCAGCUGUAUGCUGGGAUGGAGCCUUACUCGAUGGUGGCAAGCUUCAUUGCUGAAGCCCUCAAACCCAGUCUAUACACAUAUGAGGUGGCUCCAGUCUUCACCCUGAUGGAGGAUGCUGUGCUGAGGAAGAUGAUGAAGUUAAUCGGCUGGGAGGAAGGAGGAGAGGGAAUUUUCAAUGCAGGUGGCUCUAUGUCCAACAUGUACGCCGUGAACUUAGCGAGAUACAAUCACUGUCCUGACAUUAAAGAGCUCGGCCUCUCUGCUGCACCACGACUGGUCAUGUUCACUUCACAGGAGUGUCAUUACUCCAUUGCCAAAGCAGCAGCUUUACUGGGAAUUGGAACAAAGAACGUCUAUGUGGUGCCAUCUGAUAACAGAGGAAAGAUGAUUCCUUCUGCUCUGGAGGACAAAAUAAAGAUGGCUAAAAGUGAGGGUGCAGCUCCUUUCAUGGUAAACGCCACAGCGGGGACCACAGUGCUUGGAGCUUUUGAUCCCAUCGAGGAAAUUGCAGACAUCUGUGAGAAGCACAACCUGUGGCUGCAUGUGGACGCAUGUUGGGGAGGAGCAGCUCUCAUGUCUAAAAAGCACAGGCACUUGUUGAAGGGCAUCCACAGAGCUGACUCUGUGGCCUGGAACCCUCAUAAGAUGCUGAUGGCAUGUCUGCAAUGUUCUGCUUUCCUGGUCAGAGACAAAACAAGUCUCCUCCAGCGCUGCCACUCAAACCGGGCCUCCUACCUGUUCCAGCAGGAUAAGUUCUAUGACAUCAGUUAUGACACGGGGGACAAGUCGCUCCAGUGCAGCAGGAAGCCGGAUGCCUUCAAGUUCUGGCUCAUGUGGAAGGCUUUGGGAACUAGUCAGCUGGAGCAGAGGGUGGACAGAGCGCUCGCCAUGGCCAGGUAUCUUGCACAAGAGAUCAAGAAAAGAAAAGGAUUCCGUUUGUUGAUGGAACCCGAAUAUGCAAAUGUUUGCUUCUGGUACAUUCCACCAAGUCUGAGGAACCUUCCAGAUGGCCCUGAGCUCUACCAGAAGCUCCACACUGUGGCCCCAGUGGUUAAAGAACGCAUGAUGAAAACAGGCAGCAUGAUGGUGGGGUAUCAGCCCCAUGGAGACAAAGCCAACUUCUUCAGAAUGAUCAUCAUCAGCCCUCAGGUCAGCAGGCAGGACAUGGACUUUGUCCUGGAUGAGAUACACAAUCUGGGGAAGGACUUGUGAUGAAUGACCAGUGUCUCUCACCAACUUUACUCAUCUGUCAGGGACAGACUUGUGGGCAGCCAGAGUAUUUGUCAUGCAUUCUUUCUUGUCUGCUUAUUCAGCAGUUUUUGGGAAAAAGGGCCUCACACUGGCAUCAGCUGGGAUUUACAGCUUGUACUUAAUGUUCUCUCACUUCCUUUCUCGUAAUCACCUCUCAACUGAAAUCUACUUUAAAAAUGUCACACAGUUUUCACACAAUUUAUUGAAGACAAGACAAUGUUUGCCUGUGGUUUUGUUGUAACACAGACACUAUGGUUUAAAAUACUUUUCGAUUAUUUGAUCUGUGUAGAUGCAGAAAGGUGUGAAAGUAAAUUUUGUGUGUAUUCAUUUCUACAUUUUAGUCAUGAAUCAUGUAUCGAGCAGACUGUCUUGUGCAACUAUUUUCUGUGAUUUUCACCUUUUGUUAUUUGAAGAAAACGUUUCACUGUGAAUAGUCUUUUAUAUGUCGGAUAUAAAUAAAAACAAACAACCUAACAAAAAAAA